AUGCCGUCCGGUCUUGCGGCGGUGCCUCAGGCGCAGCUGCCGUCCAAGUACCGCGAUGUGGUCAAGAUCGCCUUGCGGCCUCGACAGACUCGAGCCUUCAUCCUGGCUGCGGUGGCAUGGCAUCUUCUGCUCACAUCCGCACUGCUCAGAACCGUAUCACUUUCACUCAUAUCACCCUUGACGCUGGCUGUAAGCUUGCUGUCGUUCGGUCUCGGUGUGCUACCCCUGCUGGCAAGGCGGAAACGCAAACUCGCACAGAUCACAACGCCGCCUGCACGCUUGGCUUCUUCAACAGCGCGGCAAUUCGCUACGGCACUUUCGAAUCCAGGCUUUCUCUCGUCAGCAUUGCAACACAUCGUCUCGUUCGUCGUGCUGUCGUUGGGUUACAGCGUGCUUCUCACCUCGAAAAGCGGCGGAUGGGGACCUCAAGUUUGGGUCGACUCGCAUGGAUCGUUUUACCUCAAUGAAAGGUUCCUCUACCUCAUCGGUCAAAGCAUCGUACUAGGCAUCUUCUACACAUUGUUCUUCCGAUCACUGCCAUCGCCCGAGACGGCUGCAUCACCGUUCUUCGACACAUCAGCAUUGACCUCCGACAGAGCCUUGACGAUCAAGGACCGCGUGGCUGCAGCGUGCGCAUCACGUGUCCCUAAAGCAGCGGCAGCAGCAGCUCUGGCCUCGACAUCCAGCAUUCUUGUAUAUAGCGUCAUCCGCAUCCGCCUCUGGAGUGCCGUACUGCUCGUGCUGGGCACGCGAUCACUGCUGCGAAGACUGCUCGUGCCCUCGUUCCGUGUCGACUUUAGCUUCUUCGAGGUAUCGGUGCGCACGACGCUGUUCAGCAUUGCAGCCGUCUGUGCGGUGGAGACAGCGCAUCUGCUCCUCGAUGUCUACCUCACGCAUCCUCUGCCACCCGUCAGCAAGUAUGCAAAGAACCAGAUCCGUCUCCUGCUGGACGGCCUCGACGAGCCGAUCCUGUUCUUUUCCAACCAUGCCUUCUCGGAGGUAGCACGGCUGAGUGCAAGCGACGAGGAGAGCCGAUCUCAGAUCUACCGCAAUGUCAACGCUGAUGUCACGGCAUGGACGCAUGUCAGAGAUCGCUGUUUGGGAUUGCUCGACGCGCAGAAGCAGUUCGUUGUACGUCGCGGUCAGAUGCCGCCCGCAGUCCAGACAAAGGCGCCGCCCGCAGCGCAGCAGCAGACUCAGCAACAAUUACAGCAGCAGAACAGCAGCACACAAUCCGCACCGUCGAUCUGGGAUCAACUUGCUGCCGGCAACACCACAGGCAAAGAGGGGAGCGCGUCCGCUCAGUCCAGUGCCGCAACGGCCACCACAACGGCUGGCUCAGCCGUCAACAGCAAGGCCUCGGCAAACACAUCCUCGGUGCUCAGCUUGCAAAGCAUCCAAAAGGCAGUCCUGAGCAUCGCAGCCAUUGGGUGGAAGUUUGUGCCCGAGGACGCCAAGCAUGUGCUCUUCGGCCCACGUCGCCGACAAAUGCUGCUCGGAGACUCGCCUGCCUCGGAAGCCGCUUCGAUCGUCGGCCGUGAUGCAGCUCGGACGGUGGCCGCGACUCAGACGCUCAAGAACUUGCUCUGUCACAGUCUGACGGAAGAUCCGUACGGCUCGGUGCAAAAAGAUAUCAAGCGCAUCCUUGUCGCCAUGGUGGAUCUGGACAGCGAGAUCCGACGCUUGGGGCUGGAGCUCGAACAGCGAGCCAUCAGCAUCGAUGAGCAGCUCAACAAGGUCGAAGCUGCAGCAUCGAGCAGCACCGCCACGGAGGGAUCGAAAUCCAAGAAGGAAGCACCUCAACAACAGACUGGCGGCAGAAACGAUUGCCAGCAGCAGCUGAGGGAGGCAUGGAGGAGCAGUGGCGCACAGAGCGUCGAUGGGAGCUUGACAGCCAGCAUACGAGAGAUCCUGGAUACGUUUGCCAAGUUCGACUUGCAGCUGGGCAACGAGUUGGAGGUCAAGUUGGCGGACUGCUUGAGCUGA